UUUAGCACAUUUUUCACUUACCAGUGUAACUUCAAUCCAAACCGACAACGUUGAGGUUCUAUGCGAAAUGCGAUGCAAAGUUCAUAUUUACUUUUAUUUAAUAACAGAUAAAAAUCUACGAGAAAAUAAAAGAAAUGUUCAGGAUAUGAAAAUGAAAAAACUUCCAUCUAUAUCCGUUUUACCAUUUUUUGUGGAAUAGAUUAUUUCUUUCACGUGACAGAGAAUACUACAAAUCGACUUUAGGCAUACUUACUUCGAAUGUACUACUUGGACUCUCUACAUUAUUUCCAAAAGAGAAAGUUGUAUACAUGAACAUAUUUGGAUAUAAAGUGUUUAUUUUCAUACACCCGGAAUCUGCAAAGGAAGUUCUAAAAAGCAACAGUUUUAUCAAUAAGGAUGCUACUUACGAUUUCUUUAUUCCAGUGUUUGGAAAAAAUACUAUUUUCUACAGUCCUGAUGAUAAUUGGAGAAGAAGGAGAAGAUAUUUAGCUUCAUAUUUUCACCUUUGGAAUCUUAAAAAUCGUCAAAAUGUGCUCAUGGAGCAUUCAAAUUUUUUAGUCGAAAAAUUAAAAAAUCUGCAGCAAGGUGAAAUUUUUUAUGCCCUGAAAUGGAUGAAAUAUUGCACUUUGGACAUAGCUGCAGAUGUAAUAUUAGGAAUUUUUCUAAUGUCUCAAUCUGAAAAUUAUGAAGAAUACAUCACAGCAAUGAACAGAUUUAUGCGAUAUUAUACUGUAUGGCUAUUUAAUCCAAUGGAUUGGUUUUUUCCAAUUUUCGCCAAGACUAAAACGGGAAGAAAUUUCAAAAGACACAUUGAAAUAAUUCAUCAGUUUGGUGAAAAGGUGUUCAAGAGAAUAAAAGAAAAUUACGAGAAAAGACAGCUAUUACACUUAGAAGAUGAUGCACAUAGUAUAAAAGAUUCGAAGAUAAAACCAAAGCCUUUCAUAGAUUUACUGUUAGAUCUUCAUGUCAAUCGAGGUUUAUUAUCGGAAAAAGACAUUAUCAAAGAGAUGGAAUUCUUUAUGUUUGCAGCUUCCGAUACAACCGCCCAUGCUAUGUCAUGGAGUCUUUAUUUCCUGGGAAGAUUCCACGAAAUACAGGACAAAGUGUAUCUGGAAUUACAGAGCAUUUUCGAAAAUGACAUGAAUAGAAAUAUUACAGUUGAUGAUUUGAUGAAAAUGACUUAUUUAGAAUGCGUUAUAAAGGAGUCGAUGAGAAUCUGUCCUCCUGUUCCUGUCAUUGCAAGAAAAAAUCCGUGUGAAAUAAAAAUAGAUGAUUAUAUUUUACCACCAAAAUCUACUAUCUCAAUUUGCAUCCAUGCCAUUCACCACAAUCCUUCUGUUUAUGAAAAUCCAGAAGUGUUCGAUCCAGAUCGUUUCCUGCCCGAAAACUUUAAAAAACUUCAUCCUUAUGCUUUUCUGCCAUUUUCCGCUGGUCCACGAAAUUGUGUCGGUGAGUGA